GGGGUAAUUUUAGGCUUUUUCCCAAUUCUUUUUGGGGCCAAAGCCGAACUACUCAAAUAUAAAAAAUGGUUAACCUCAUUAUUUUUGUGUAUAGUAAAGUAUAUAUAAUAUCGUCACUCGCCGGAAGCGGGAAGCCCAAAGCAUUAAGGGCAACCGAAAACUCGCCGGCCUCCUCCGUCUGUAUUCAGUAGAGUAAUAAUAAUAUGGGACAGGCGACUCCUCCUCUUCCUCCUUCUGAAGGUUGCCAAGUUCGAUGUGCUGGUUGCAAGAUGAUUUUAACAGUCGCUCGUGGACUGACGGAGUUUGUUUGCCCUACAUGUCAAUUACCGCAAAUGCUUCCUCCUGAGCUCAUGCCGCAAUCACAAUCGCAAUCGCAAUCGCAAUCGCAACAGCGAAGUAGUGCGUUCGCUCAUGGCAUUGAUCCUACUAAGAUCCAGUUGCCUUGCGCUCACUGCAAAGCUAUACUCAAUGUUCCUCACGGUCUCUCUCGCUUCUCGUGUCCUCAAUGUGGGAUCGACCUCGCCGUUGAUGUAUCGAAAAUUAGGCAAUUUCUUCCUCACUCAUCUGCUCCUCCUCCUCCUCUUCCUCUCCCUCCUCCUCCUCAGGAAGAAGUCAACGAGGUGGCCAUUGAAGUAGAACGUGAAGAAGAUGAGGGUGGCAUGGUUGGAGAAACUUUUAUGGACUAUCGGCCUCCCAAGCUAUCUAUUGGACCUCCACAUCCUGAUCCUAUAGUGGAGACAUCUUCCUUAUCUGCAGUACAACCACCUGAACCCACCUACGAUCUUACAAUCAAAGAGGACCUGGAAAUCUCAAAAGCAUUGUCGUGCCUGCAAAUCGAGACAUUGGUUUACGCUUGUCAGAGACACCUUCAGUUCCUACCAAAUGGUACCAGAGCAGGAUUUUUUGUAGGUGAUGGUGCUGGCGUGGGGAAAGGACGAACAAUUGCUGGACUAAUAUGGGAGAAUUGGCACCAUGACAGAAGGAAAGCGUUGUGGAUAUCUGUUGGUUCGGAUUUGAAAUUUGAUGCAAGACGAGAUAUGGAUGAUGUGGGCGCUAUGUGCGUACAAGUGCAUGCUUUGAACAAGCUACCUUAUUCUAAGCUUGACUCAAAGUCUGUUGGCGUCAGGGAGGGAGUUGUUUUUUCAACAUACAGCAGCCUGAUAGCAUCUUCGGAGAAAGGUCGGUCCCGUUUGCAGCAGCUUGUACAAUGGUGUGGGCCAGAAUUUGACGGUCUCGUCAUAUUUGAUGAGUGUCACAAGGCAAAAAAUUUGGUCCCUGAAGCUGGGGGACAGCCAACAAGAACUGGUGAAGCUGUACUUGAAAUCCAGGCUCGUCUUCCUCAAGCUCGUGUUGUUUAUUGUUCAGCAACUGGUGCUUCUGAGCCUCGCAAUAUGGCAUACAUGGUUCGCCUUGGACUUUGGGGAGCUGGAACUUCUUUUCUUAAUUUCCGUGACUUCUUAGGUGCUAUGGAGAAAGGUGGUGUGGGGGCACUUGAACUUGUUGCCAUGGACAUGAAAGCAAGGGGUAUGUAUGUGUGUCGUACGCUUAGCUACAAAGGUGCGGAGUUUGAAGUUGUUGAAGUACCUUUAGACGCAAAGAUGCAGGACAUGUAUAAAAAGGCUGCUGAAUUCUGGGCAGAGCUUAGAGUGGAAUUGCUGUCUGCUGGUGCAUUUCUCACUGAUGAUAAACCCUCUUCUAAUCAGCUCUGGAGACUUUACUGGGCUAAUCAUCAGCGCUUCUUUAGACACAUGUGUAUCUCCGCUAAGGUGCCUGCAGUAGUUAGAAUUGCAAAGGAAGCAUUGACUGAAGGUAAAUGUGUAGUCGUAGGCCUUCAAAGCACUGGAGAAGCAAGAACUGAGGAAGCUGUUUCAAAAUAUGGUCUUGAACUUGAUGAUUUUGUUUCUGGACCUCGUGAGUUGUUACUUAAAUUUGUAGAAGAGAAUUAUCCGUUGCCUGAAAAACCUGAACCACUUCCUGAGGAAAGCGUCAAAGAGCUUCAGCGAAAGAGACACUCUGCAACACCUGGUGUAUCAUUUAGAGGGAGAGUGAGAAAAGUUGCUAAAUGGCAAACGGGUGAUCAGAGGAGUGAUGAAGAAUCAGAUACUGAUUCUGAAUAUGAAUCUACCGAGUCCGAUGACGAUGAAUUUCAGAUCUGUGAUAUUUGUAAUUCAGAAGAGGAGAGAAAAAAAUUGCUCCAGUGUUCCUGUUGUAGCCAGCUUGUACAUCCGGCUUGUUUAGUUCCACCUGUUGCAGAUUUAGUUUCCGCGGAUUGGUGUUGCCAUUCGUGCAAGGAAAAGACAGAUGAAUAUAUACAAGCAAGACAUGCCUACGUUGCUGAACUAUCAAAAAGGUAUGAAGGAGCUGUGGAGAGAAGGUCCAAGAUUUUGGAUAUAAUUCGUUCAUUGGAUCUUCCAAACAAUCCGUUGGAUGAUAUUAUUGAUCAGCUUGGGGGGCCAGAGAAUGUGGCUGAAAUAACAGGAAGAAAAGGCAUGCUUGUGAGGGCCGCUAACGGAAAAGGUGUCACCUAUCAGGCGCGAAAUACGAAGGAUGUAUCCAUGGAAAUGGUCAAUAUACAUGAGAAACAGCUUUUCAUGGAAGGCAAGAAGCUGGUAGCUAUAAUAUCUGAAGCUGGAUCAGCUGGUGUUUCUCUGCAAGCUGAUAGAAGGGCUUUAAACCAGAGAAGAAGGGUCCAUGUGACUCUAGAGUUACCUUGGAGUGCUGAUCGGGCAAUUCAGCAGUUUGGAAGAACUCAUCGCUCAAAUCAAGCUUCUGCACCCGAGUAUAAGCUACUAUUUACUAAUCUUGGUGGCGAGCGGCGGUUUGCAUCCGUGGUUGCCAAGAGACUUGAAUCACUUGGGGCACUGACUCAGGGAGAUCGUCGAGCUGGACCAUCUCUUAGUGCUUAUAACUAUGAUAGUUCCUACGGGAAGAGAGCCCUUAUGAUGUUGUAUAGAGGGAUCAUGGAACAGGAUCCUUUGCCACUUGUGCCGCCAGGCUGUUCUGCUGAUAUACCAGAUGCUAUACAGGAUUUUAUUUUGAAGGGGAAAGCUGCACUUGUCUCUGUUGGAAUAAUAAGAGACUCGGUUCUUGGUAAUGGAAAGGACUCUGGAAAGCUUUCUGGCCGUAUAGUUGAUUCAGACAUGCAUGAUGUUGGACGUUUCCUUAACAGGCUCUUGGGGUUGCCACCUGAAAUCCAAAAUAGGCUAUUUGAGUUAUUUGUCAGCAUUCUUGAUCUUCUAGUUCAUAAUGCACGCCUUGAAGGACAUCUAGACUCUGGGAUUGUUGACAUGAAAGCUACCACUGUUGAACUACAAGGGACACCAAAGACUGUUCAUGUUGACAACUUGUCCGGGGCUUCAACCAUAUUGUUCACUUUUACAUUGGACCGUGGACUGAUGUGGGAGUGUGCACUUGCAUUGCUAGAAGAGAAGCAAAGGGAUGAGCCUAGUUCAGCUAAUAGUGGAUUCUAUGAAUCCAAACGAGAAUGGUUGGGAAGACGACAUUUUUUGUUAGCAUUUGAAGGUUCUGCUUCAGGAAUGUAUAUGGUAUUUCGUCCUACUGUUGGAGAGGCCCUUAGGGAGAUGCCCCUCAUAGAAUUGAAAGACAAGUACCGGAAACUAUCAUCCUUAGAAAAGGCUCGUCAUGGAUGGGAAGAUGAAUACGAAGUUUCAUUGAAACAGUGCAUGCAUGGCCCAAAUUGUAAGCUAGGCAGUUUCUGCACAGUUGGUAGAAGAUUACAAGAAGUGAAUGUGUUAGGUGGGCUUAUACUUCCUGUGUGGGGAACUGUUGAGAAGGCGCUCUCUAAGCAAGCUCGCCAAAGCCAUCGAAGAAUUCGCAUUGUACAGAUUGUAACAACUACUGACAAUCAACGGAUUGUAGGGUUGCUUAUUCCAAAUGCAGCAGUAGAAGCGGUGCUUCAAGAUUUGGCAUGGGUACAAGAUGUUGACGAAUGAAAGAAGUGCAAUUAAGUUUUGUGUCAAAAAUCUAAGAUUGCAAAAGUUUCCGGAAUAGCCUGGCAAGUGCAGUUGUCUUAAUACACUUUCAGAAAGAAGCUAGUACCUGCAUUUUAUUGUGGAAGAGAAGCAGUCUUAGUUACAAGGUCCAUGGAAUCGAGCGCCCUCGUAGCGUCAAAAUUCUUUUUGCAUCAUUUUUUUGGGGAUAUCAAUUCCUUGUAAAUGAAAUCAUUGGGCAGUUGUGUUUGCUGGAAGUUCUGCCACCGUUGAGUAUCUCGCCUUCAAUUUAGAAUUCAAUACAGUUAUCUCCCAGUUCGUUUUGACUCCAAAAAAGCGAGGCGAACAUGGAAAAGUGAUAUUGUUCACUAGGUCAUUUCGAAUGGAUUCAUAAAAUUUGGAGUCAAAUAGAAUCCAUUGAUUGUAUUUUAGAAAUUCAUGGACUAAUACACGAAAAAUCGAAGUAAUCUUUAA